CCGCUGGGAGGGCUCAGAAGCGCGGCCCGUAGGCUGCAGGGAGGGCGAGUGGAGCGAACGGAGGGGCUGGCACACGGUGUCCGGACUUGUUACCCGUCCCGGGGACUUGAGACUUGCCGCGGGCUAGGGAGCCUCAGCUUGUUCCUCCGCUUGGGGAAGGCGCUAGCCUUCUGCCGCGGCCACCCGGCUGCUUCGGAAUGGAAUGGGGGGACGUCGCAGAACCACGUGAUUCCCGUUUCCCCAGCCGUUUAAAUUCUGUUUUCUCCCCCGUCGGCUUUAUAGUGCGGACGCGCUCCGACACCUUACACGCUGAGCCCGUUGGGGUUCAUCCUCUGCCUGUAACUUUAACUCCCGAUACCUGUCCUCAGUUUCUGAUCGCCCAUUCCGUGCGUGGAGAAGGAAACCAGAUCCCGAGCUGUCUUCUGCCUUGGUGCCUCCCACACAAACGCCGUGAUACUUUUUAAACCCUUUAGGGCUUUCGUUAGGAGCCAGGAUGAGCAGAAAUAGGUAUGCUGUGUAUGCUAAUGCUGGCCUCGGGGCUGUGGCGGGGUUGUGUGUUGACUGCGGCGCUCCCCUUGUUGCAGCAGGAUCAAGGUGAGAAGGAGAACCCCAUGCGGGAACUUCGCAUCCGCAAGCUCUGCCUCAACAUCUGUGUGGGGGAGAGUGGAGACAGACUGACUCGGGCAGCCAAGGUGCUGGAGCAGCUCACAGGCCAGACGCCCGUGUUCUCCAAAGCUAGAUACACGGUUAGAUCCUUUGGUAUCAGGAGAAAUGAAAAGAUUGCUGUCCACUGCACAGUCCGUGGGGCCAAGGCAGAAGAAAUCCUGGAAAAAGGUCUAAAGGUGCGAGAGUAUGAGUUAAGAAAAAAUAACUUCUCUGAUACUGGAAACUUUGGCUUUGGGAUCCAGGAGCACAUCGAUCUGGGGAUCAAAUAUGACCCUAGCAUUGGUAUCUACGGCCUGGACUUCUACGUGGUGCUGGGUAGGCCAGGUUUCAGCAUCGCAGACAAGAAGCGCAGGACAGGCUGCAUUGGGGCCAAACACAGAAUCAGCAAAGAGGAGGCCAUGCGCUGGUUCCAGCAGAAGUAUGAUGGGAUCAUCCUUCCUGGCAAAUAAAUUCCCGUUUCUAUCCAAAAGGCCAAUAAAAACUUUUCAGUGAAAUGUA